GACAAAAAUACCGUCCUCUGUUGAAAGGUUUCUCUACGGAGGCCGAAUUAUUGCGGGGAAAGAAACAGUAUUGUUUACUGACACGGAGAACGGGAUAGAGAGAUAGAGAGAAAGAAAGAGAGAGAGAGAGAAAAGAAGAGAACACUGAGAAAAAAAAAAAAGCUGAACAUAAAUAAAUAUGAUAAAGCGACGAAUUUAGUAAUAUAGGCCGCUUUUAAAAAAAAAAUUAAAAAAUCGAGUUCGGGCUGCGUUUUUUUUUUUUUUUUUUUUUUUUUUCCCUUUAGUUUAAAUAUUAUUAUUUUUCCCCGUUUGGUUGAUAGCGCAAUAUCUUGUAAAAAAAAAAACAACAAAAAAAAAAAAACCGAUUUGUCGGCGUUCUAAUUUUGCGCGCAACACCUGGAAAACGAGGAGAGAGAGAGAGAGGGGUGGGGGGAGAGAGAGACUGACGCGACCAGACGAGGAGAAGAGAAAGACAAAGCACAGGAAAGAGUGAUGACAUGAGAAAGUGAGAGAAGGGAGAGGGAUGCGAGAAGGAAGGGGCAGGCUUGGGUGGUCCUGAUUGACUCCGGGAAUCGGAGAAAAGAGACAGACACACAGGCUAGACAGACAGACAGACUACCACUCUCCCUGUCACACACACACACGCACACGAUCAGACAGACACACAGACAGAGAGAGACAGACACAGGACAGACAGACAGACACAGAGAGUCAGACAGAAUAGACAGACACACACAGACAGAGAGACAGACAGAAUAGACAGACAGACAGACAGAGAGAGAGACACAGAAGAGGCAGACACACAGACAGAGAGACAGACAGAAUAGACAGACAGACACACAGACAGAGAGAGAGACACAGAAGAGACAGACACACAGACAGAGAGAAACACAGAAUAGACAGACACACACAGAGAGAGAGACAGACAGAAUAGACAGACAGACAGACAGAGAGAGAGACACAGAAGAGACAGACACACAGACAGAGAGACAGACAGAAUAGACAGACAGACACACAGACAGAGAGAGAGACACAGAAGAGACACACACAGACAGAGAGAGACAGACAGAAUAGACAGACACACAGACAGACAGACAGAGAGAGAGAGACAGACAGAAUAGACAGACAGACAGAGAGAGACAGACAGAAUACAGACAGACACACAGACAGAGAGACAGACACAGAACAGACAGACACACAGACAGAGAGAGAAUCUCACACACACAUCAGACAGACAGAUGAACAAAGACAUUCAAAUCUAGAGAGACCCACCAGACAGACCCCCUUGUCCCCCUACGCCCCAGCAUGGACGUCCUGAUAGACCCAGACUCGUCGUCCCGUCCUCCCUCAUCUGUCUCUGCAGCCGAUUUCUCUCCCGACAGCAUCGCCCCUGCGGGGGCAGACCAGGACUCCCCUGUGCCCCUUCCCCUGGGCGACGCGGGGUCUCCCCUCUCCCUGGGGGGUCCCGAGAGCUUCGGGGCGAGGCACCGGCUCCUGGUGGGACUGUCCUGCUUGCCCAAUAUCUUCGUGGCGUUCCUGUGCUACUCUGACAGCCUCAUGACUGCCUUGCCCAAUCACCACUGCUUCAUCGACCGGGCGUCACUGCCCCUCGCCCUGCGCAAUGCCAGCCUGGCCCAGGUGCUCAACGCCUCCCUCCCGCUGGAGCACGACCCCCGCCCGGCUCCCGGGGGCAGGGGGGGUGGGGAGGGGGGCGGCUGGAGGCCGUCCCAGUGCCAGCAGUUUGUGUUUGAGAAUGGAAGCAGGAAGGGCCCGCUGCCCUGUCAGCAAGGCUGGGUGUAUACCAAAACAGAGGGGCUGAGCGAAAACAUGGUGACGCAGUGGGAUCUCGUGUGUGAUAGUUACUGGAAGGUCCCUGUGGAAGAGGUUUGUUUCAUUGUGGGCAUUCUCACUGGGUACCUGGUGCUGGGAUACACAGCGGACAGGUUUGGCAGGCUGCAGUCUUUCCUCUGCUCUCUGGUGCUCACAGUGUUUUUUGGGGUGCUGGUGUGCGUCUCCCCCUCACCCUCUCUCUUCAUCCUCACGCGUUUCUUCCUGGGGGCCUCUGUAGCCGGAGUCUACCUCUCCCUCUACGUCAUGC